ACUUAUAUAUACCCUUCUCACGAAGGUGAAGGGUAUAAAAAUGAAUUGUAACUAAAAUUAUAUCAGUUUGAUUUUAAAGGUACCGGUAUAUAGGUAAUUGUAUGAAAUCUUUCACCCAAUUUACACGAUGAUUUUUUUUCAUGUUUGCCCAGACGUCUGUUUUCAUGUUUGUCGAUAAUUGUUGGUGAGUGGUGUAGAGAAGAAUGGGGGGUAAGAAAAGAAACAUGAUUUGGGAUUUUCAUGUUUGUUUUUGACAUUUCUUUUGUCCUCAUUCGUAUUCUUCUUAUUAUGUUUUAUUACUUUUCAUUUGUGGAAGUGUAAACAGCAGUGCUAUAAAAAUUAUAUUUUUUCAUUAAUACAUGUUUAAAACAAAAAAAGAAAUAAAUAAAAAACAAAAAUAUUUAAUUAUUGAAAAUGUGGACGAACGAGCUGGUAGAACUAUUUAUAAUAAAAAACCCUUACGUUGUACAGGAUCCGGCUUAUUUAAACCGAGUUAAAAGAUCCAACUCAUUGUUUGAUAUAUGCCAAGAAUUAAAAAAAAUAAAAAAAGACAUUACAGUGGAGGAUAUUAAAAAAAUCACACUUUAAAGAAAUACGCGAAAUGUGCAGCAGCAAAAGAAGUGGUGUUGGGGUAGAAGACUUAUAUGAACCCAAACUUUGGUGUUUUAAUCAAUUGGAGUUUCUAAGGUCGCAUUGCAACAUUAGAAAAUCACAAUCAAACAUUACCCAGGCAAAUAAUAGCAAUUCCAUAAUUGUUAUAGAGGAUGAUGCCACCAGGAGUCAGGAGUCGGAACCUGAAUCUCAACAUCAAUCCACUAGUUAUAAAAGAAAAAAAACCUUAAAUUGGAAGAACGCUUUGAUAAUGUUAAAAGUUUGUUUGUAAAUAAAUUACAGGAUAAAACUUGUUAUGAUUGGCUUGGUUGUUUAUGAAAUAAACCAGAUCAAAAAUAAAAAAAUACAAAAAGAUACAGUAUGGAAUAUUCAACAAAUACUCCGUCAGGCAUCACUCCAAGACGCAGAGGCAGAAGCUGGUCCAAACUGCUCAUAUUCUCGACCAUCGUCAGAAACGUCGAUUUUACCAGUCAAUAGAAAUAUAAGAUUGUCAGUAUCAUCUGAAACAACUUCACCAUCGUUGAUUUCAGAAUAUAAUAAUCAAUCAUCUGUCUCAACA